GUUUCCUAUUCGUUUCAGACGCUGUGGGAGCGGCCAAUGAGAUCAUUAUAACGCUCAUGGCGCUCUCGCCCAAAGUCGCCUCUUAUAAAUUGGCCAAAUAUUGAAAUCGAGUUUUAAUUUGGUAAGCGAUCACAAUGUAACAGCGGGGCUCAUCUGGAACCAAACAUCAGCCCUCUCAGACUGCCACGUUGACGUCAGCCGAAUGGGACACAUUGUUUCGGGGUGUUUUCAACACCGGCAGGAGUGCUAAAAGGGCGAGCAGCCCACCAGAGACAGGCAAAUCCUCUGCGGUUUUGACAUCCUCAUACCGUUAUGUCAGGCAUAUGUGUCGCCUCGGGUCUGCUGUAAGGAAGAGCCGACCACAUCCUGACAUUAUAACGGAUCCCCGCUCGUCAGAAGGCUGACGUGUGGCCACCAUGUUGCUGUCGUGUCUGCUGCUCGGCUGCAGCCUUGGGCUGGUAACGUAUGCUACCCCGGAGGCUCCGGCCGGGUCCGUGCCCAGUGCUGCCCAUACUCUGGUCUGGGGACCGGGUCUCGAAACCGACAUCGUCCUGCCCGCUCGCUUCUUCUUCAUACAGGCGGUGGACGGCUCUGGGAGGAACCUCACCUGGUCCCCUGGGGAGAAGACCUUUGACGUGAAGAUCUCCUCUUCCACCGAGCAGUUUGCCAGAAUAUGGAUCCAAGUCCUGGACCGACGGGACGGCUCGUUCCUGGUGCGCUACCGGAUGUACGCCAGCUACACGGACCUGCACAUCCAGGUUCUGCUGAAGGAGAAGCACGUUGCCAAGUCUCCAUUCAUUCUUCCAGGCCCCGUGCACCACGAGGGCUGUGACUGCCCCCAGCCGAGUGGCCCGGCCUGGGAGUCCAGCAUGCGAUGCCCUGCCUCCUUCCCCCAGAUAGAGCUGGACCUGGCCGCGUUCCCCAGGGUGGACCCCGAGCGCAACGCCCGAGAGAUCCCCCAGCGCUUCGGCCAGCGGCAGAGCCUGUGCCACUACACGGUCAAAGACAACAAGGUCUACAUCAAGACGAUGGGAGAGCAUGUAGGAUUCCGGAUCUUCAUGGAUGCACUCCUCCUGUCCCUGACGAGGAAGGUGCGAGUGCCUGACGUGGAGUUCUUUGUCAACCUGGGCGACUGGCCGCUGGAGAAGAGACCGGCCUCGGACCGCCUCCACCCCAUCUUCUCCUGGUGCGGCUCCAACCAGACCUGGGACAUCGUCAUGCCGACCUACGACCUGACCGAGUCCGUCCUGGAGACCAUGGGAAGGGUCAGCCUGGACAUGAUGUCGGUGCAGUCCAACACUGGUGUGCCCUGGGACCAGAAGAACGCCACGGCCUUCUGGCGCGGCCGGGACAGCCGCAAGGAGCGCCUGGAGCUGGUGAAGCUGUCCCGCGCCCACCCCGACGUGGUGGACGCCGCCUUCACCAACUUCUUCUUCUUCAAACACGACGAGGCGCUCUACGGCCCGCUGGUCAAACACGUGUCCUUCUUUGACUUCUUCAAGUACAAGUACCAGAUCAACGUGGACGGCACGGUGGCGGCGUACCGGCUCCCGUACCUGCUGGCGGGGGACAGCGUGGUGAUGAAGCUGGACUCUGGGUACUACGAGCACUUCUACAACGAGCUAAAGCCCUGGACCCACUACAUCCCCGUGAGGGCGGACCUGGGAGACCUGCUGGAGAAGAUCCAGUGGGCCAAAGACCACGACCAAGAGGCAAGGGACAUUGGAGUCGCUGGCCAACAGUUUGCCCGCAAUAACCUCAUGGGAGACAGAAUCUUUUGCUACUACUACAAACUCUUUGAGAAGUAUGCUGAGCUCCAGGUCGCAGAGCCAACAGUACGCAGUGGAAUGACACUGGUAGAGCAACCUAGUGAUGACCUUUUCCCAUGCGCUUGUCAAAGAAGAACUGUCAAGGAUGAACUCUGAUUGAUCCAUCAUCCAAGUGCUGUGUUUUAUUAGUCUGUAUUAAUUAAUUAAUUUGCAUUGUGAAAGGAUUCAAAUUGUGAAUUGUUGGAAUUUCCUCCUCUGACAUGAAUGUUAAAUGAAUGUUGUUUUUAUAAUAAAUCUAUUUUUUCUAUGUUUGUUUAAAAA